AUGGCCGAACCUUUUCCUGGCACCGCCGAAACCCAGUCAACCGAGGGAGACGUGGCGAUGGCUGACGUGACCGAAGACGCCGUCGCUGUCCCGGCAAUCAAGGCGGAAACCAAAUUAGAGGAGCUGUUUGAUGACAUGGACUCGGACGAGGAAUUUCCGAGUUCGCGACCGAAUGGUGCGCCGCCCCCUAGCUCGCCGCCUCUUGCGACAUCACAAUAUCCUUCAGACAUUGCCGGUAUGAAGGCAUCAGACCCAGAGAUCAUGAAACUUUUCUAUCAACGCCUGUUUCCCUGGAGGCAACUCUUCCAGUGGCUCAACCACAGUCCGACGCCCACGAACGACUUUGCCCAUCGCGAGUUCGCCUUCACGCUGCAGAACGACGCAUACCUGCGAUAUCAAUCUUUUCCAUCCCACGACCUCCUCCGCAAGGACAUUCUCCGCCUGAUGCCGUCUCGAUUCGAAAUCGGCCCCGUGUACACCACCAACCCCCGAGACCGCAAAACCCUCCGCAGCUCGAGUGCCUUCAAACCGCUGGCCAAGGAGUUGUGUUUCGAUAUUGAUUUGACGGACUAUGACGAUAUUCGGACAUGCUGCGACAAGGCCAACAUCUGCAUCAAGUGCUGGCAGUUCAUCACCAUGGCCAUCAAGGUCGUCGACGUUGCGCUGCGGGACGAUUUCGGGUUCAAGCACAUCAUGUGGGUGUACUCCGGAAGGAGAGGUGCUCACGCCUGGGUGUGCGACAAGAAGGCGAGGACAAUGCCGGACCAAAUGAGGAGGGCGAUUGCAGGGUAUCUGGAGGUUAUCAAGGGAGGCGCGCAAAACUCGAAGAAGGUCAAUCUCUGGAGGCCAUUACACCCCCAUCUGACGCGGAGUCUGGAAACUCUCAAAACCCACUUCCAGGAAGACGUUCUCGAAACCCAAGACCCAUGGGCGACUGCCGAGCGCGCUGAACGACUCCUGCAGCUUCUGCCCGACAAGAAUCUGAAUGAAGCCCUUCGUAAGAAAUGGGAUGCCUCACCAGGCCGCUCCUCCACUUCUAAGUGGGCUGAUAUCGACACCGUCGCCCGCAGCGGUGCGAGCAAAAGUCUCGAUGCGCGGGCGCUAAGGGAAGCGAAACAGGACAUCGUCCUCGAAUACACAUAUCCACGCCUCGAUAUCGAGGUUUCAAAGAAACUGAAUCAUUUGCUCAAGUCGCCUUUUGUCGUCCACCCCGGCACCGGCCGUGUUUGUGUGCCUAUCGACACAAAGGCGCUCGAAGAAUUUGACCCCACGACAGUCCCGACGGUCCAGCAGCUUCUUUCAGAGAUUGAUGAAUGGAAGGCUGAUGAGGAGGAGCCAGAGGCGCCACAGAAAAGCGUGCAGGAUUGGGAGAAGACAAGUCUCAAGCCGUACAUUGACCAGUUCCGAUCAUUUGUAGCAGGACUCAUCAAGGACGAAAAGGAUAUCAAGGUGAAGAGGGAGCGUGACGAGGAGUCCAUGGACUUUUAG